AUGGUCUUCGCUCAGCUCGUCGCCCGCUCCACCUUCGGCGCUGUCCGAUCUGCCUCGCGAUCGCAGAUCCGAGCUCUGUCCAGCUCCGCCGUUGCUUCCAAGGACUUUGUCCAGGAGCUCUACGUCAAAGAGCUCAAGGGCUACAAGGCUCCCCCUAAGGCCGCUGACUCUCACAAGGGCCAUGUCCGCGAGUUCCAGACCCCCGCUGCUCCCCAGGCCCCCGCUGUUCCGUCGUCGUCGGAGCUCUCUUCGCAGCUCGAGACCUACGCUGCCGCUGAGCCCGACCACGCCGAAGCCGUCGCUUCUUCGUCGUCCGAGGGUGCUCUGACUGAGGGUGGCGACGUCAACGCUUACCUCCGGGAAGCGGCUGCUGAUGUCAAGGUCGAGGCUCACCACUAG